AUGCCUGCACAGCGGGGCGCCGAAAAAGUCUCCGGGCCCGGGGCGCCGAGCCGCAACGGUUACGCGCAAACACGUGUCGUCCGCGCACUGAGCCGCGAGCCAGUGAGCUGCGCGCGGACCCGCGCGUGGACGUGCGGCGGAGUGGGCUGCGCGGCGUGUGCGCUCGUGCUGGCCGCGUUGCUGCUGAGGUGCGCACACUGGAACAGCGAGCAGUCGUGCAUUGGCGCUCACUCGCUCGCAGGCUUCCUCGCGGAGCUGCCGCUCGCUUGCUGGGCAGCGCUCUCGCCCUUCCUCGAUUUCCUGUGCGCUUUCUUCUGGCUCGGCGUCUACCUGUUCCGCCACGGCGUGCAGCUCCGCACGGCGCUUUCGCUCCUCAGCGUGUUCCAGCUGGCCGAAGCGGCGGCUCGGAGCCUCCUGGGCGGCCCGCAUGAAGUAGCGGCCGCGCUGGUGUUGGCGUGCGUGGCCGGCGGCGCACUGAUGCUAGCGCGCCUGGAACGGGGCUCGUCCGUGGUGGUGGUCGUCGGCAUCGUACGCGCGCUCUCCUUCUUCUCGCUGCACAAAGUUCGCACCGCUUGGAGGCCGUACGUGGCCUACCUGCUGGGAGUGGUGGGCAUCCUGCUGGCGAGGUAUGCUGACGGGCUCCUGGCCGGCCAAGGGACACUUAAGGAGGGCUGCACUUCCGUGAGCGGAGCCAAGGAAGACGUCGUCCCCUCCUUCAAAAGGCGCAGGAGGUCCAGUUCUGUCGUAUCCACAGACAUGGCACACAGUCAGUCCAACAGCAAGUCACAUCGCAGGACCUCUCUGCCAUGCAUCCAACGGGACCAGAUGUUGGCCCGUUCAGACUGGGAACACAAAAGAGGCUCCCGAGGAUCACAGUCGUCCGGCACAAGCGUCAUGGUGGACAUUGCCGUAAUGGGAGAAGCACACGGACUGAUCACAGACUUGCUGGCUGACCCCUCAUUGCCCUCCAACACUUGCACCUCACUGCGGGCUGUCAGCAGCCUGCUCACAACCCAGCUCACCUUCCAGCCACUCCACCGGCCCCGCCCCGCCCCCUUGCUCAACCCAUCGGACGCCUACGUCUGCUCCGACUCCGAGGAGGGACCGGAGAAAGGAGAGAAGACAUCCAUCCAUAAACGUUUAAGACGGAGUCUCCACCCGGGUCUUCUGAGGAGGAUCUCCUCCACAUGGACUACCACCACCUCCGCCACAGGCCUGCCUACAAUUGAACCGGGGCCUGUGAGGAGGGACCGCAGUGCCAGCAUUAAACCCUAUCAUGAAACACUCACGUGCAGUUGUGGAAGACCAUACAUCAGACUGAGCCACGGAGAGGGCUCUAUAGACAAGGGAGACAGGAUACCACGCUCAGCAGAAGAUCAAGUGGUUGUGUCAUCAGACUAUGACAGCACCCACGAAGCCAAUCACAGUGACAGCAGUGAUGUAGCGCACACAGAGGAGGACACAGAAGGAAAACACUCCCAGAAUGUAAUUCUCCACCCACUAAUACCUCCUGAGGACAAACCUAUUCUGGCCCCUGAGCCGCUAUUAAUGGAAGAUUUAGAGCCGACGAUGAGUCAGCUGAACAAUUGGAACUUUCCCAUCUUCAGCUUGAUGGAGAAGACGAAUGGAAAAUGUGGGCGGAUCCUCAGUCAGGUCUCUUACAGGCUUUUUGAGGACACCGGCUUGUUUCAGACAUUCAAAAUUCCAAUCCAAGAAUUCAUGAACUACUUCCACGCCCUUGAGAAUGGUUACAGAGACAUACCAUAUCAUAAUAGGGUUCACGCCACAGAUGUGCUUCAUGCAGUUUGGUACCUCACCACACAGCCGGUUCCGGGUCUGCCCAGCCUCGUUGCUGACCACAGCUCUGCUAGUGACUCAGACUCAGACAGCGGAAUAACUCACAGUCAUAUGGGCUUCCUGGUGUCAAAGACGUACACUGUGUCAGAGGAUGGUUACGGCUGCUUGUCAGGCCUCAUACCGGCUCUGGAGCUUAUGGCUCUCUAUGUAGCUGCUGCAAUGCACGACUACGAUCAUCCGGGGCGGACCAACGCCUUCCUUGUGGCUACAAGUGCCCCACAGGCAGUGCUCUACAAUGACCGUUCGGUUCUGGAAAACCACCACGCUGCCUCAGCAUGGAACCUCUUGUUGUCACGACCAGAGUUCAACUUCCUCGUCAACUUGGACCACAGAGAGUUCAAGCGGUUCCGUUUCCUGGUCAUUGAGGCCAUACUGGCCACGGAUUUAAAGAAGCACUUUGAUUUUCUUGCAGAGUUCAAUGCUAAGGUGGGAGAUGAUCCUUCUUCAGGGAUUGAUUGGUCGAAUGAGAAUGACAGAUUGCUGGUCUGCCAAAUGUGCAUAAAGUUGGCUGACAUCAAUGGACCGCUAAAGUGUAAGGACCUGCAUCUCCAGUGGACAGAAGGCAUUGUCAAUGAGUUCUAUGAACAGGGUGAUGAAGAGGCCAGUCUUGGUCUCCCCAUCAGCCCUUUCAUGGACCGAGCCGCACCUCAGUUGGCCAAACUCCAGGAGUCCUUCAUCACGCACAUUGUGGGACCCUUGUGCAAUUCUUAUGAUUCGGCAUGCCUCAUGCCCGGACGUUGGGUGGAACCCAGGAUGAAUGCGGAGGAACCUGAGGGCACAGAGAAUGAGGAGGAGGAAGAUACAGCAGAGGAAGAUGCAUCCACCAGCUCGGAAUCAUCACAGAAAGCAGCCAAGAAGAGGAGGAAAGUGUUCUGUCAGAUCACUCAUCACCUGAUGGAAAACCACGAGAUGUGGAAGAAAGUAAUCGGGGAGGAGGCACAGAAGCAGGGCCAAGGAGCCGAGUCUAUCCACGCGAACAGUGUAGCGGAGCUCAGUUUAGCUACUCAUGAGGAAGAAGAGGAGCCAGGCAGCAGAGAGGAGCCAGUUGAAGGUGAGGAUCCCGAAGAAGGAGUGGAGGAACCUGAGUGGCCUGCAUCUACGCAAGACGUGGAGGAGGAACUGCAGUGA